CAUGAUACGACAGCAGCAGCAGAUAUACAUAUUUGGGACCUUAGCUCUAGUUCUAGUGGUGGUGAUGACGCAAGAGUUCGUGGUGACGCAGGAGUGGGAUCAGUUUAAGUGUCUGCAAUGCCCGAAAGAUGACAAUCUAAUGUGUUUCAACAACAGGUCGUGUAACGCAACAACAACCGGCUACAACUACUGCUUCUACUACAUGUACCAAGUAGAAACAGACGAGAUAGCAGCAGACUACAACUCCAGAGCGUGGGGCUGCACAGAAUCAAAAGAAACAUGUGAGAGCGGUUGUAACGACGACGAGCUGUGCACGGACUAUAGGUGCUGCUACGCUGAUACGUACUUUAAUAACGACACCAGUUUGAAUAUGACUGAUUACAGGAAGUGUAUUUACGGCAAGUCUGGAGAGUCGGGACUGAGGAGGGGUUUGUGGGCUGCUGGCCUGGUCGGGGUAGCAAUAGUCAGGGAUCUUGUCGGGAUAUGAGUGGGGAUGACGGGAUAUUUGGGUUUCUGUUUACAUCUUCUGCUCAGCGUUCUUUGACUGGAUAGAAGGGAUGGUGGAAUUAUUUACCAGGGAAGACAAUCUACAGUUAGGGGAUAUGUUGGAUGUGAGUUAUCAAUAAUACUCAGGAUAUUGGGGUUAAUCAUUGCUUUUAGAUCUUGAGUUUUGACUCGUUAACCUAUUGGUGAAAUAUCUGGCUUGAACAAGAGAACAAGGUACUGUACAAAGCCACGACCCAGGAGAUAACUUUAUAUUUCACAAUCAGACUCAGAGUCAGAAGACAUCACUUUUUCACAGUGCUUGGCGUUUGUGUUUUCUUGCUGCUGCUAAGCUUGCUUUUUACUUCCAAUCUCAAAAAAAGGAAUACCCAUCCUCUCCUCCAAAUUAUCUAACAAAAUAAACUUAAUAAUA